CGAACAUAUCGAACAUAAUCUGAUAUCGCCGAUAUCCACCUGUCGGGACUGUCGGGAGCUCAUCGAGAAACGUCGUAGCGGAUGCAUUUCGACGACGAUCGGCGACGGACAGCAUUUGUAAAAUCGUUCGUACCCGAGACGAGACGCACGUUCGACGACUCCGAUCUCUUCGGGCUGACUCGCGCUGCUCCGACAAUAAAACGCGAGGCGUAAUCGCGCCAAUUAAUUGUUCCCCGACCGACGACAAUCCGCACGUCGGCGUCGCAUGACAUUCGUCGCCAGACUCGUCAUCGUCCAAAAAUACCGAUCUUACGGCGGAACGAUCGGGCUGAUCUGAUCGGAGCGAUAUCGAGGACGUUCCGGCGCCGCGAUGGACAAGACGAAGCUGCUGAACAACGACCUGGAGCUGCCGCCGCUACGCAGCCUGGACGACUUCCUGCUGGAGUCGGCACGCUUCCAGCUACCGAAUCUCAAGGACCUGGAGAAGUGGGGCAAUCGGGUGGUCAACAAUCUCCAGUACUACCAGACUAAUUACUUGUUUACGUCCGUCGUCAUCUUUCUCAUCGUUGGAUUGAUCCAUCCCGUCAAAAUGCUAGUCGGCAUGCUGGCGAUGACAGCGAUCUUGGGUACGUUUGCAUACCUAUCCAUGGAAGGAAGCACGAUACAUCGCUUGAAAAGGCAAUAUCCUGUGGUUGGAGUAUUGUUCAUAAUAUUCGCUGGAUGUUUCAUAACGUAUACUCUGGGAUCUCUUCUGGUAUUCUUGUUCGGCAUUUUGCUACCUUUCUGUGUGACAUUUGUACACGCCUCGCUGAGAUUAAGGAAUUACAAAAACAAGAUCGUCAAUAAAAUCGAGGGCAUUGGUUUGAAACGCACGCCGAUGGGUGUAUUUCUGAAACAUCUCGAAGAUGUGACUGGUAUGACAUUGCGCGCACAGACAUCACUCAUGCAACCGCCUCACUAAUAUUCCGCUUUGUGCAUCAAGUUUCUAUAUGAAAUUGAUAAAAAUUAUUGUCGACAACCAUUAAUAUUUGCUGCCACUGCUGUUCUAAUUAGACUACAGUGUUCUGCGCGGUAUUAGGCAUAGUGAAAUAAAUUUUGUAGCAUUUUUAGAAUAUUAAUUUGGCAGAUAUUUGUGACUGGAAACACGAACGACCUGUGCUGUGAUUUUUUAAUCGGAAAAUCAUACAUUGUUUAGUAAAACCAAUAAAUUAAAAUACCAAAUAUUUUUUUACAAUACCAAAUAUUGAAUUUUUAUAUUAAGAAUUGUUUUAUUCUCUCUUGUGAAGACAUGUAUAUU